AGCAAAAAGUAAACUACCACACACCAAAACGAGUUCGUCUAAAAGAAUAUAUUUGUACAUACUGUGUAUAUAUGUACAGAUGUGUCUGUGUUUAUACGCGAGUAGAUACAAUAUUAAAACACAUUAAAAAACAAAAGCAUAAAAAGGGGAACACAACACAAAAACAAGAGUAAACAUUAAACAAUUGUAGAUUGUUGUGACUGAUGUCUGAGAGCCCCCCGGACCAACCGACGCGAAUUCAAGUGAAGCCAAGCGUUGAGUGUGAAAUGCAAAACGGAGGCAACUCAAGACCCCUCCAGGCAGCCAGGCAGCCAGGCAGCUAGGCAGGCAGGCAGGCACGGCGGCACUCAUUUUAGUCGGUCUCAGAGACUAAGCAGCAAAAGUUCCGAAUUAGAUCCAAAACAAUUGCAAAGAAAGUGAAAGAUCAGAGACAAGACACCGAGAGACACUGAAAAAGAAAAUAAAAUAAAAGGCCCAAACCCAAGAAAAGGGAAAGGUUACAAUACUCAGUCUUAGACUCGUGUUGCAUGCUCUCUCAAGUGCAACGUAACGCAGAGGCUUUCAGGCAACAGCUGUUGGCUGGCCUGCUACAUCGCCCACUUGCCCACACAGCACAGUACAGGGAAAAAAGUCAUUGAAAUGUAUAAUAAAAUAUUUUCAAUAAUUUUUUUCCAUUGCUUAGCUGACUACGCGUUUUUUCUUUUUUGAGAUCGAAGCCAAAUUAAACAACAACAAAACUCCCCUGUACCACGCGUUUUGUCGAAUAUUGCCAUUGAUUCAUUGAGCCCCUUGUCUGUGUCGCUGAAUGCGUGUGUGAGUGCUGGUGAAUACAUUCAAAAAAGCAGCCAAGCGACAUUGAUGUUGCCUUCUGUUGCUGCUGCUGCUGCUGCUGCUGCCGUACGCUUUUUGCAUCGGACCAGAAUAUAAUGAAAUAAAGUUAAAUAAAAUAUAAGCUGAAACGCCUUCAGUGGACGGACACUGGGACCCAUGCUAAAAAGAGAUAUCAACACGCUCCACUAAAGCGCGGACAGCCAGCAGUCAGCAGUCACAGCCUCAUAGAAAAGCCUCAAAUUAGACCGUGAAAGCAAUAAAAAUCAAAAGAGAGGCAAAUAACCAGCAAAGCGUGCAAAAGGAAAAGCCAAGAAAAUUAUAGUUUGAGGGCGUGCGGGAAGUUAUUUUGUGUGUGUGUGUGCCACGUGCACACACAGUAGCAGUGGCCAGGGCCUAGAAUAGCUAGAAAAUUAUUAUUAUGAUAAUAAAUUAAAGUUGCCAUUAAUUUAGCCAAAACGAAACGCGAACGAUCGCAGUAGAGCGACCCUAGAACCCCUUGGACGGUAGACUGUAGACGGUAGCAUAAUAACAAUAAAUAAUAAUUUAAAAUAGGCGAAGCAACCAGAACAAAGAAGCUGUGCAAGUAACAGAGGCAUCUCCGCCUCCAAAUCCUCCAGAGAAAGAGACCCGAGCAGCAACAGCAGCAGCUAAAAGAAAAAUAAAAAUAAACCCUGAAGAAAACCGAAAAGCAGCUCGAGCGCAUCGAGCGUGCAAAUUAAAAGCGCACAACAGUAGCUCCCGAGGAACAACCAGAGCUAUAGCAGCAGCAACAUGGAAGUGGCUACAACAAACAAUCACAGUCAGAGCCAUCAUCAUCAUCAUCAUCUGCAGGCAGCAGCAGCAGCAGCCCAGUCCCAUGGCAAUGGUGGGCUGGUGGGGGCUGGGAGCACCGGCUCCCGUUCCCCAUUCCAGCGUGAGGUGCGUGAAUGGCAACGCAUCGAUCCCAAUACUGGAGCUCUGUUUAGUGGACGUUUGGAGGCAGAUCGCUGGAUAAAUGGACCACUGAACAGCUAUGGCAAGAUAUCCGAUUCCCAAAACAUCUCACAGCCGAACGGCACACAGCACACACAGCGAAAACAGUUGGAAGUGCUGAAGGCACGCACCGCCAACGGCGCCAUGCAGGUGAUACGCACACAGACAGUACAAAAGACCUCAUCCACCACCAGCAGCAGCACAUCGCGCGGCUGGGCCGCAUCCUCCACAUCCACAUCCACCACGACACGCACCAGUGUUCCUACUCCGCCAACCAUUUGGUCACCGCCGGCAUCCAGAUGCAGGUCCAAGCCCAUGCCCAGGCCCAGGCCCACCUCUCAGAGUGUUGACAUCUGUGAGCUUAGCGACGAUGAUAGCAGUCUCAGUGGCAGUCUAAGCAGCGACAUUGGCAUCGUAUCCCCGGCCAUGUCGACGCUGCGCAAGCUGAGCAAUGGCCAGGAGCACAUCGACGAUCAUGUUGAUUUUGUUGUGAUUAAUGGUGAAGGCAGCGAUCAAGACGCUGACGUCGCUCAUUUGCACAAACUCGGACACAAUUUGUUACCCGAUACGGCUCCAAGUUUGAAAUUGAGCAAUCUAAUGAAAAGCAGUUCGAGUAUUUCCAGCCAAAGCAGCAACAAUUCAAAUUUAACAACUGCAACAGCCACAGCGGGCAACACCCACAGAAGUGCGGGCAAAAUAAGCCUACAUGCAAUUGUUGGACCAGAAUCAUCAUCAUCAUCCACAUCCACAUCCACAUCCACGUCGUCCGCUUGGGCCAAGCAGCAGCAGCAGCAGCAGCAGGCCGACUUAUAUGGCCAGCCACCAUCAGCCAGCAGCAGCAGCAGUCGCGUGGGUGUAUCCCAAGCUCAGCCUCAGUCUCAGUCUCAGUCUCAGCUUGGUACUGGAUCUGAUGCUGACGUAGCUGUUGCUGUUGCUGUUGCUGGUGGUGGUGGUGGUAGUACGCCAACGCGACUUCGUCGUGAUUUGGAAAGUUUCCGGCAUUAUAACGAUGACGCUGCGAACGACGAUGAUUUGCGGCUCAGCGCACGGCAUCAGCGUCGCCAGCAGGUGUCACAGUCGGUGUAUGCCCCGCCGUUGCCAACAAUUGGCAGUGGGCUGCUCCAGCGAUCACGCUCGAUAUCCACGGACGAUCUCAGCCAGGAUUGGGAGCGCAACGAGGAGCAGGAAGAGGAGCCAGGCGAGUGGCGACGUGUCAGCAAGCUGCGGCGCUCCUUUCAGUCACAGGAUCACCACAAGACAAGCGUCACACGGCCACGCCCCCUGGAUUUGCCCAGCAACUCGGUGAGUGUGGCCCGCAUGCGCGCGGAGCUGGAGAACGGUCGUCGCUUGAACACGGCCAUGCGGAAUAAUCACGUGGAUUUGGCCGCCCUCGAUACCAUAUUGAAUACCCAAACAGCCAAGCCCACGGUGGCCAAGAGGAACACUUUCCUCACCGCCGAAUCUCUGCAGGAAAUACGCGGCAAGCUGAAGAAACUCUCGGACGAGAGCCUGUACAAGGAGGACUUCCUGGCCUACCACCAGGCUCGACCCAAGCUCAGGGAACAGUCCGAGGAGCAAGUGCAAGUUCCCGUGCAAGUGGCAGUUCCACUGCCGGCACCCUCCGCCUUUCGCCCUGUGCACAAUACCCACAGCCUGGAGUCGCGUCAGCGGCAGAAGGACACCAGCACUGAGUGGCAUUUGCGGCGUAAGUCCUACGGCUUUGAGAAGAUGUCGCCACCCGAGGAUAAGAGCAUCUUCCGGGUGGAUGCCUCCACGGACAGUGGCCUGGGACGCUCCGGCGAGCAGCUAGGCAAUUGGUCGCCCACAGAGAGAGAACGGGAGCGGACCGCUGCAGCAGCAGCAGCAGUUCAACUGAAUAAUGGUGGAGGCACCAUUAUACACUUUGGACGUGUGGCCAAACCUCCAGCAAGUCCGGUCAACGAGGGGGAGCUGAGCAAACGGCACUCCAUUGCCGUGGAGGAGACUUGGCGCGACAUACGCAAGACAUCGCAGGUGCAUGUGAAUGGAGGGGCGGUGACUAGCAGCAGCAGCAGCAGCACCACAAAUACCAGCAGUCAACUGCAUCGGAACAGCGCCCAGAAGCGUGUGGAGUUCUGCAAGACAGAGGUACACUUUGCCGCCGAAUCGGGACGGGUGAACAUUGUCGAGACAGAUGGCAAGCCGCCGCCCACGAACAACUUUCGCCGCAGACGACGCAGCACUGCCAGCGGACCGCUUCAGAGUCUGGUGAAGUCGGCCAGUGUUGGUGGCGGCAGCACCACCACGAGCGGCAGCAACGACAAUGUGACCCACUUUGGGGAUGAUCCACAGCGACGUAAGACGAUAGCCACCAGCACAGUGGCAUAUCGAGCCACACUCAUGGAUCCCCCGGAGGUGGUUAGUCAGCCCACAUCCACAUUAACAGCCACAUCGACAUCGACAGCAGCAGCAGCAGCAGCCCAGACAUUGAGCCAGGUGACAGUCACGCUGGAGCCACGCUACAGUCUGACGGAGUCAACGUCGCGGAACAGUUACACCUCGACCAGUGGCGUGGAUACGACAGACAACGAAACGGAUGAGCUGUCCAACAUUCGGGGUAUACUGAAGAACAAGCCAGUGAAGCCGAAACCCUAUCAUCUGGGUGAGAAUAUCGAGAGUGCCGAUGUCCUGUGGAGUGUGCCGGCAAUGAAGGGAGAACGUGAGAGUCCCUCAGGCAGGGAUAGUGGCAUCACUAGUGACUCUCCCAUCUCCGCCAAAUCGGUGGCCGAACGCAUACGAAUUGUGGAACAGCGACAACAAGUCCAGAAGCAAACCUCGCCCGCAGGCAACGGCUAUUCGACGAAGAUCAAUGUGAGCCUCGGUGCAGAAGAGUGGCCAGAAACAGGCACACAUCAUUAUAAUCGUCGUGCCAGUGCCCAGGAGCUGUUGCUGGAGGAUCUGCGCAAUCAUCAGCGCAUCCUGGAUGAGGGCCUCAAGUCCACGUCGCUCAUCAUGAAGACCAUGCGCUCGGCCAACGAAUUCGAUGAGGCCAUGCGUCGCCUGAGCAUAGCCUCGAUCGAGUCCGCUCUGAUUCAGCCCACCAUUGUGGUGCCCACGCCAAUGCUGCGCUCCCACAGCUACCAGGAGGAGACAUCAUCCUCGCGUCGCACCUCAACCACCUCCAUAACGAGCAGCGAUUUGUUUGGCAGUGCCCUGUACGAUUCAUUGCCACGGACUCCGCUGGCCCCGCCACGUCUCAAGCUGCUUGGCAAUACACAGAUACCCGUGAGCCAGCAAUUGACACAGCUGCGGCGGUUGUACGACGCCGCUGAGCAGGAUGCGGAGGAGGACAGUGCCGAUGAGGAGGUGAAGCGUUACUUUCGCGACAACAACAACAGCGACAGCGGCGGCGGCACACAGGCCAGCUCCUCGCCGGAGACAGUGCAUCAUAAUCAUCAGCCGCUGCCGCUGCCGCAGGCGGAUGUGUUCAAGGGCAGCGAGUACUCGAGCAGCUGGAGCCGCUUGAAGGCCAAGCGCACCAUAUGGAAGAUUGAGGCACAAGAUCAGAUGCUGCAGCGAGCAGAUCUACCCAAAUCGAAUGUCAUGAACAUUGCUCUGCAUUCUCCGCGUGUGGAGAAGCCCAAGGCCACGCCACCAACUCUGCGCAUUGGCCAGCUCAUUCCAGUGGCCAAGCCGCGUACCCUCUUCAUUCAGCCAACGUCUGUGGAGGCGCCUGACGAUUCCGGCAGCGAGUCCCUGAAAAUAGUCAAGGAGGCGCGCGGUGCCCGCAAGCUGCGCGAACACGAACUCUCCUACUUUGGAGUCCAGCAACAGCAGCAGCAACAGCAGCUGCUAACGAAAUUGUCUACGACCUCAACGAAUCCCAGAAGAACGCUGCCUUCGCGCAGUAAAUUGAGCCACACGGAGGAGGCUGUGGCACCCACAACGACAACCACCAAGUGGCAGCUGCUGAACGAUCGACCCGACCUGCUGCGGCACAGUCCGCAGGACAACGACUACGACGACGACGAGGAUGAUGCUGAUAAUGAGGAGCAUUGCUAUGAGAACAUUGCCAACGAGUUGACAACAACAUUCCGUGUGAAGUCGCCAACGCAUUCGCAUUCACCUUCAUCGCGUUCGCGGUCCCCCGGCAGCUACGAGCGGAAGACAGACCUGCAAAGGGAUGCACAGAUACUGAGCGAAAUGACCCGCAACGCUGAUCAAACUUUGAAGGCACUCUCCGAUGAGGCAGCCAUCAAGGAUCAGCGACGAAGAUCGUGCUCACUGCAGCGCCGCAGUGGCAAGCCCCUGGAAACCAUCGACGAGAAGGUCUACAACGGGGAGCGUCAAUCGCUGAGUGUGGCUCGAGGCACCUUCGCCUCGGAGGCUCGUCGCAAUUCGCGACAGUCCACGCCCUCCCCAACACCCACACGGGCACGCAGCUCCUCCCAAUCGUCCAUCGAGUGCUGUCCCCGUGACCGCUCCCGCUCCAGCUCCCGCGAGUCGAACACCCAAGGCGCCGGCUCCUCGGACGACCAGGCCAGCAAACAUCGGGCCGAGCGUCUGCGCAUGCGCACCCCAAAACGCGAAAAGUCGCGACACGAACCGAUCGAGCAGCGCACCAGUCGGCACACCAGCAAGCCCAGAUCGAGCACAACCCAUGCUGCAGGGGCUGCUGCCACUUCUUCGCUUGAGUCGAAGCGUAGCUCCCAUCACAGUCGUCACCGAGAUGUGGAACACGUCUCCAGCGAGAGCAAACACAGCUCGGGCAGUCGUCUGCUGCGAUCCUCUCGUGUCAGCGAUGAGAGUCGUCCACGUCAGAAUGCGCUACGUGAACGGGAACGCUCCCGAGGCAGUGAGAAGCAUCGCGAGGAGCUGACGCGUUCGCGGGGUCACUCCAGUCGCUCUAGGCACAGCAGCGAGCAGGCAGCAGCACAGUCGGCGGCUGGAACGCGGGAGAGCAGCAGAACAAGUAAGACGAGAUCGAGUCGCAGCAGUCACGAAGCGGCAGCGGUGACCACACACAAAAGGUCCACAACAGCCACAGCAAAAACAUCGAAAUCCACAACGCAUAAACCAACCACAACAAACACCAGCAACAGCAACAACACGACAGCUAUACCACCAUUCACCCACAACGAACUGACGUACGUAUACGUAACGAAUUUAGCACCUACAAAAGCCGGGGAGGAAGUGGCAGCGGAAGCAGAAGCUAAGGCCAUCGAUGCAGAUGCAGAUUAUGCCAGCAUUGAGGAGAUAUCGAAUCCAAGUCCGAUGGUACCACUGCCACCGCCGCGUCGCAAGCGCAAGAGAUCCCUCAUACCCGUGCCCGUGCAGCCCACCGCCUCGUAUGAGUACCGCACCAAGCUGGAGAUGAUUCCGCCCAGCUACUCGAAUCAGUCGACGCUCAGGUGUCGCAGCAUGGCGCGGCGACCUGACAUGAGGAAGCCCUCGCUGAAGGCCACCCAGUCGACCAGCUCGAGUUUCGCCUUUCUGCCGUAUCUGGCGGCCAAGCGGAAUUCGAGUGUUAGCCAUGUCUAUGACAAUUAUUUGCUGUACACGGCAGCAGGUGGUGCCAGUGGCAGUGCCAGUGCCAGCCAAAAGCUGGAAAAACUUCGUCCAUAUCAGAAUAAUCUCAGCAAUGAUCAUGCUCAGCUCUUUGGCGGCACAGCUGGGGGUGCGGCUGCUGGUCGUGGUCCGGGUGCGGGUGCGGGUGCGGGUCGGUUGGGCGGCUGGCCAAAGCGUCUGAGGAUGCGGCAGGUGCGCAGCAGUGUCUCCACGCACCAGCCUUUCGGCAUCUGCACAUGUUCAUAGUCAGCGCUGGAGGCGCACACAGCACAGCUCAACUCUGCACAGCACACACUCGUAGAGAAAUGAAACCAAAAAUAAGCAAAACAAACAAAAAAUAUUGUAUCGGAUGCAAGGAUCUCGUCACGCACAAGUUACAUUUACAAAUAAUCCCAAUGCACGAAAAAUGUUUGAUAAAUGUUUCAAUAUUCCCCCCACAUAUUCCGUAUGCCUAAUCCCAACCACUCCCACCCACUGUGUUCCCCCUACUAAUACUUAAACAAAAACCAAGCAAAACCACUACUGAUCCGUGAGAGAGAUUUUUCGUUGUUAAUUGUUGAAUAUUGUUUUUUUGGAGCGCACACAAAUCAAACAAAAAC